UGGAGGAGAAUGAAUUCCCAAGGGAGAGUCAGUCCUGGAACUGCAGCCCCAGCAGAAGAGAGAAGCUGCUCCUGGCUGAACCCCUGGGUCUGCCUUAUUUCAGCCCUUGUCAUCAAAACUGCCUUUGUGACCGUCUGCCUUGUGGCUCCCUUCUCCCACAGCGGCAAGCAGCCCACAGCCCUGCAGGAGAAAUUCACGGCGUGGGAGUGCGACUCAGCGGUGUCAGAAAACAAAGGCCAAGGCUGGAUGUGCUGCCCAAAGGGCUGGAAAAGGUUUCAAAACAGCUGCUAUUUUCUGUCCCUUGAUAAGAUGUCCUGGGCUGAGAGUGAGCAGAACUGCACUGGGAUGGGCUCCCAGCUGGUGGUGAUCAACAGUGAGGAAGAGCAGGUGUUCCUCUCUAAACAGAUAAAACAAGGUGCAAGAGGAGAGGAUUUCUACAUCGGUCUGCGAGCAGAGAUUAAAGAUCAGUGGCAGUGGGUGGACAAGACUCCCUAUAAUGUGACAGCAGCGUUCUGGCAGAGAAAUGAACCAAGUGAUAACAAGGAUGAGGAUUGUGUUGCAAUACAUAGGGAUUCAGAAAUACCCAACAACUGGAAUAAUGUCCGAUGUUUGAUGUAUCAUCGAAUUUGUGAAGGUGCUGCCGUGACUGUGUGAUGAAGAUACCCUCAUCCUUAGUAAAACUGAGAGAUGAGCAGUGAGCUGGGACUGGUGCUGGGCUGUGCUGGGAGGGGUGGAGAGCCCUGAGGCCUGCAUCUUCACUGUGCUGGGUGGGAUAACGGGAGUGGAAGUGAUAUGACCCUUUGUCCAGCAUCCCCAGUGCAUGGAGGGGCUGAGGGAACACAUGGAGGCUGAGGGUCAUCAAAGCAGGUCCUGUGUUCUUGUGUCCUCUUCUCUCUCAGUGGGUCCAGUGGCCACUGGCAGAAAAGACAUGGAGUUCUCCAGGAAGAAGACACAGGAAUGGAAGACAGAUGUCCUAAGUUGCAAGUUCCUUUGUCUGCUUGAGCAGAAGUCUCUGCUUUCUGUUGAGUCACACACAGAAUGUCCUGCACUUGCCCUGGUUUUGCUGAACAAAUCGUAUGCAAGAGAAAUACAGUAUUAGACCAAUGAAAAAAGU